UAUUGCGAAAGCAAUAAUUAUGAAUUGUUAUGCUACAACAUCAGUUACGUUUUCCCGGUGUUCGAAUCAAACCAAACAAAUCUAAAUUGUAAAUCUUGCAAUUUUCAAAUUCUCGAAGCGAAUACAUUCAGCAAUUUGAAAAUGAACAUACGAUGUCUGAAGUUAGUCAACAACAGCAUAAGCAAUAUUGGUAGAAACGCAUUUUGUGGAAUGAAACUGCAAGUUCUUGAUUUAAGUUUCAAUGCAAUCUCAGAUAUAUCAUUGAGCGUCAUCUGUAGAAGUAAAAUCACAAUUGGACAAGAUGAUAGAGGCAUUCCUGAAUAUUUGAGCGAAAGGCUACAUGUGCAACUGCCAAACAGUCUCCAGUAUUUAAACCUAUCACAUAAUGCAAUCACUAAUAUUUACCAAUAUUCAUUCAUGCAUGCCAUUUCAUUAAUAAACUUGGAUUUAUCGCAUAACAAUAUAGACACUUUGAAUUUUGGAUGGGAUAAACAUUUAAGGUACUUAGAAAUAUUAGAUUUAUCUAAUAAUCGAUUGGUUUCAUUUGAUUUCGGUACAUUUACAAGUCUUGUUAGUCUUAGACAUCUAAACUUGACCAGUAAUAAUCUAUAUUAUUUCGCUUCUAAUAUUUUCAUUACAACCAGGAAUCUAAACAUUUUAGAUCUAAGCCGUAAUAGGAUACGAAUGAUAGAUGAGACUGCCCUAAAAAAGUAUAUUCCAACUUUGAUAUAUUUAAAUGUCAGUGAUAAUAAUUGGGAUUGCAAAAGUUUGCAGAAUUUAAUAUUAUCCAGCCUGGAUAGAUUUGAAGUCGUUGAACAUGAUAAUUAUAAUAGAAUGAACGUUAAAGGAAUUGCUUGCCUCGAUUAUAAAUGA